ACGUUUUUCCGGUUCCGUGCAUCGCGAGUCGUGGAAUUUCCGGUCCCGGGUCGCGUCCUCUCCUCCAACGCGUGGCCGUCUCCUCACCCUCCGCUUCAUCAUCCUCAUGGCGCCGCAAGUUCACGCGCAGCGCGACGCGGGGCUCGCGGCCGAGAUGCGCCGCGGGAUCCGCGCGGUGCUGCUCGGACCCCCGGGUGCCGGGAAGGGGACCCAGGCCCCACGGCUGGCGGAGGAGUACUGCGUUUGCCACCUAUCCACGGGAGACAUGCUGCGUGCCAUGGUGUCCAGCGGCUCCUUGCUGGGGCGACGCCUCAAGGAGACAAUGGACGCCGGAAAGUUGGUGAGCGAUGAGAUGGUGGUGGAAUUGAUUGAGCAGAACUUGGACAGCCCAGCCUGCAGUAAGGGAUUCUUGCUGGAUGGUUUCCCACGCACUGUGCGCCAGGCCGAGAUGCUCGAUGAUUUGUUGGAUCAGAGGAAAGAGAAACUCAACUCCGUCGUCGAGUUCCAAGUGGACGACUCCCUGCUCAUCCGUCGCAUCUGUGGCCGGCUGAUUCACAAAGAGAGUGGGCGCUCCUACCACGAGGAGUUCAAUCCUCCAAUUGUGCCCAUGCGUGAUGACGUGACGGGAGAGCCUCUUAUCCGGCGCUCGGAUGACAACGAGCAGGCGCUGGCGUCGCGAUUGGCGUCAUAUCACACACAAACAAGCCCGCUCGUCGGCUACUAUCAGCGGCGUGGGUUGCACACCGCGGUGGACGCGGCGCAGUCUCCCGACGUGGUGUUCGCCAGCAUCCAGGCGGCCUUCGCUCGCGCAGAAAGUAAAGACCUGGUCGUGUUCCUUUGAGGUCUCGUGGGGUCCGAGGUGCCCGCUUAGCACAAGGUCACUAGGCUGAAGCCUCCACUCGCUCUGCUGCCUUGCAGAUGAAUCUGCGUGCCUCCUUGCCCACCGUUUACAGUCAUUGCUGCACAUUACUGAUGCAAUAAACAUUUCACUUGGCCAGCGCCGUCUUGCCUCACUGA